AUGCGAUUUUUCGCGACCCCCCCGGUGCACGGCUCCCUCGCCCGCUUCGUUCAGCACCCGGCAAAUCUAUGCUUUCCUUUGCCUGCCUCCAUAUCCUACGAGGAGGGCGCCAUGUGCGAGCCCUUUGCGGUUGGCGUGUACGCGUGCACCAAAGCCAAGGUACGCCCGGGCAUCCGCCUGCUCAUCACAGGAGCAGGCCCAAUCGGACUGGUGACCCUCUUGGCAGCCCGUGCUUUUGGAGCCUCCGACAUCAUUAUCACCGACGUGGACCGGCGGAGACUCGCCAUUGCCGCCGAGAUAGCGCCGGGGACACGGACGGUCCUUGUAGAGGGCAAGGCGCCGGCAGAGGUGCUACACAUGGUCGGUGGCUGCGGGUGCGUGGAUGUGACGAUGGACUGCGCAGGGUUCGAGGGGACCGUGGAGCUGGCCUUGGAAGCGACGGCCAAUGGCGGCAAGGUCCUCUUGAUCGGCAUGGGAUGCAGCACCCGCAGAAUGCACAUCCCCUUGCUCCCGGCGGCUAUCCGGGAAGUCGACCUGCUGGGGAGCUUCCGUUACCGAAACGUGUACCCGGCGUGUCUGGCCAUGAUCGCGUCCGGUAAGGUGGAUUUGAAGAGGCUCAUCACCCACUACAAAGAUUUGUCGGGGCCGGGCUCUUUCACAGCCGAAUCGGUAACAAGCGGUUUUGCGCUUUCGGAGCAGGGGGGGGAGGUGGUAAAAGUCAUGUUCACGCUGUAG